CAUUCUUUCUUGCCUUCAGGUUGUUGUAAACUUCACGUGUUGUCAGCCCAGAAGAGAUGAAAACAUAAACACUAUUAAAUGCAUAUCGACUGCUGUGUUUUGUCCACUGGAGGCAACCUUGGCCUAGCUAUUGGGGAAAGCCUCAGCCUUUCCUCAGCGGCCCUAACCGGUCAUCUUGGCGCCGACUGGGCUAAUAUCCAACCUUCAAUGUUGUCUAUGACAUCCCACAACAAGUAAACGUCUCAACAUAGGAGAAACCAUGGCAUAUGAGGAGAUAAAGGAUGUAGGAAUGGAGGGAGACCGAGGACUUGUGGCUGGUCGUAGCCAGAGAGAGAAGAGGAGGUCAUACAAGGACUUGUUACGAGAGGAGGAGGAGAUUGCUGCUGAGGUACGGAAGACAUCCAAGAAACGCCCAAAGGACUUGGAACUAUUUAUGCUGGGUGGGGAUCCACACAAAAAGAAGAAGAAGCAUAGUGAUGAUUACUAUUAUAGGGAUCACGAUGGUUCAGGUCCACCAUCUCAUAAGAAAAAGCACAAGUCUGUCGACCGCUCACCUCCUCUUACAUCCACCUCAUCGUCACACCCAACAGAUACAGCGAUGGGCCUCCUGCAGGCCAUCACCUCUCCCCUGGCCACGGGUUCAGACCCCAGCCCCCACUUGCACAAGAAGCCCUCCUAUCCCUCUUUUUCCUCGCACUCUUCCAAGGACCGCAAACGUGACAGCGGUGGUGGAAGCAAAUCUAGUCACUCCCUUUCGCAUUCCCGCCCCUUGUCCUCAUCAUCAUCUUCCUCCAAGAAGCACUCGUCUUCUUCCUCAAAAUCGUCCCUGUUUCACGGCGGAGCUCCCAAAGAGGAGCCCUUGACUUUACGUGAGGCAGAUGGGCUGAAAAUGAAGCUCAUUAUGUCGCCAGAGAAGGAGGAACCAGAGAGCUUCCCGUACACAAUGCACUCCUCUAAAGGUAGCGUGAAGAAAGAGAAGGAUAGAGACAGGACGCAGACUUCAAAGUCACCCAAGAAGAAGCUGCAACAGAGCAGAGACCCACUGCCUGUAGUGGGGAAGGAAGUGGAGGUGGAAGGCCAUUACGGAGGUGGCAUGGGAGAUGAUAGCUCUUCAUCUGGGGGAGAACUGGAGGCUGGAGAACUGGUUAUAGAUGAUUCAUAUACACACUUGUCAAAAAAGAAGAAGAAGAGCAAGAAAAGCAAGAAGAAAAAGGACAAAGAAAAGGACAGAGACAAGGAAAAAAGUGGAAAAGACAAGAAGCACAGUAAGGGAUUUGGAGACUCAUCGAGAAGCCACGGUCACUCCCAUCCCACUGUCACCCAUAGCACUGUCGGCCCAAUGUAUGCUAUGAGCAAGCCCACCCCCCCACACCACCAAGGCAACAAUGGAACAACAGAGAAGAAGAAGAAGAAAGAGGAGAAAGAUAGAGAAAAGCAUGAGAAGGAUAAAGAUAAGCCUAAGAAGAAGAACACAACAGCAUAUCAGGUGUUUUGUAAAGAGUACAGGGUCAACAUAAAUGCUGAACAGCCAGGACUCGAUUUUGGUGAGCUGAGCAAGAGGUUGGCAGAGGUGUGGAAAGCAAUGCCGGAGAAGGACAAACUGGUAUGGAGGCAGAAAGCUCAGUAUCUGCAGCACAAACAGAACAAAGCCGAGGCCACCACAGUCAAACACAAAACCUCCACAGAGAGCAAAAGCAAAGUCGUUGGAACAGGAACUGGGAUGGUGUCUCCAACCAGAGCGCCUGGCACUGUGUCCCUGUCUCCAGCACGAGUGCCAGAUGUUGAUCCCAUCGAUGCAGCAGCUCACCUGCAGCUGCUCGGAGAGUCCCUCUCCCUGAUUGGCCAUCGACUUCAAGAAACCGAAGGGAUGGUGGCGGUGUCGGGGAGCUUGUCUGUCCUUCUGGACUCCAUCUUGUGUGCGCUGGGCCCACUGACCUGCCUCACGGCACAGAUACCUCAGUUAAACGGAUGUCCGCGAAAUGUGCUGUCGAACACGCUGGACAACAUCGCCUACAUCAUGCCUGGACUGUGAGGAAAGGAGGAACAUGGUGGCAACAAAUACGACUCCAGAGACUCUUGGACUUAUUUAAGCCAGUGCUUGGCAAAUGAAAAUCUGCAUACUUGUAGUAUAAAUAUGUUUUUAAAGUGUAUUUUUAAAGAAAAAAAAAGUCUUAAUUUUCUAAGUGCUGUAUUUUUUAAUCAAACAUUUACCGGAUGUUUCAUCUUAUCAGCACCUCGGCUUAGUUUUACUGUUACUGUACAGCUGUUUCUUAAAUGUGUGUGUUGUACUGUAUUGAAUGAAAAUGUUUUACUUUACACUGUACAUGUCUGCAUUGGGAUUUUUUUUAUUGUGUUCAAACACAUUUUAGCUGCUCCUCAUCAGUGUAAGAUAACAUUUCUCCUAAUGGCUUACUUUUACUUUUACCAUGUUUAGAGUACUUGUUUUAUACAUUUUGAUAUUUUACAGUGAACACAGCAUUUAGAUUUUAACAGUGUUGAGGAAAAAGUACAUCAGCUGGUUAAAACUGAACAAAAUUAGGACAUUAAAAUAUCUUUCCAAAGGA